GCGCUUAUCCAUGAAUAUCCGAUAUCUAUGGAUUGUACAUAUACGUGGUAACCUUGGAAAUAAAAUAAAAAUAAUGAUAGAUAAUUGACAAAGGUUACAUAUCAAGAUGAACAGUUAUUUUUUUAUUUUUUUGUAAGAGUCCAAAUCUGUAAUGGUAUAAGUUUCAAUUAAUUAUUAUUAUGGCUUUUACGUUGUCACUGUGGAAUCUAUUUGAGACGUCUUUGUUAUGUUUGAAUGCUUUGGCGAUUAUUAAUGAAGAACGAGUUGUCACCAAAUGUGAUGCUGAUACAUCUUUAGAAUCGGAUAUGUGUUUCAAAAACGCAGAGAGUAAAUCAUGUGUGUACAAUAUUGUUAAUUCUAUGACUACUCUUUCAAAAUAUCCCAUUAUAUUAUUAAAUUUAAUCACCAUUAUCCUUAAACUAAUCCUUGGUUCCUGAAGAACGACCUAUCGACCUAAAUAAUGCCAUUUUAUUUAAUGAAAUGUAUU